AUGCUGACCUUCCUUCAUGAGCCUGCUGUCCUCUACAACCUCAAGGAGCGCUACGCUGCCUGGAUGAUCUACACCUACUCAGGGCUCUUCUGCGUCACCGUCAACCCCUACAAGUGGUUGCCCGUCUACAAUGCUGAGGUCGUGGCUGCCUACCGGGGCAAAAAGCGGAGCGAAGCUCCACCCCACAUCUUCUCCAUCUCCGACAACGCCUACCAGAACAUGCUGACGGACCGAGAGAACCAGUCCAUCCUCAUCACCGGAGAAUCUGGGGCGGGGAAGACGGUCAACACCAAGAGGGUCAUCCAAUACUUUGCCAGCAUCGCCGCCAUCGGUGACCGCAAGAAGGAGGCGGCCAAUAGCAGCAAGGGCACCCUGGAGGACCAGAUCAUCCAGGCCAACCCUGCCCUGGAGGCCUUUGGCAACGCCAAGACUGUCCGCAACGACAACUCCUCCCGAUUCGGGCAGUUCAUCCGGAUCCAUUUCGGUGUCAUCUUCCAGCGGAAGGCUGAGAGGAACUACCACAUCUUCUACCAGAUCCUCUCCAACCAGAAACCGGAGCUGCUGG